UGUAUAACCAACCCAAUCCAGAUCUCUGCUUUGCCGUGGGGUUUGACAGACCGUCUUGAAUGAUGUGAUGAUGAUGAUAAGCUCUGUGAUCGACCAGGCACAAAAGGUAUAGACGCUGUACAACAGCUCAGCUCCAACAACAGCUCAGCUCCAACAACAGCUCAGCUUCAACAACAUCCUAAAUAACGUUGUAGAAAGCGGUGUGACAACAAGACAAUGUGAUAAUUGAAAACACUUUCAGCAAGAGACAGAGAGAGAAGAAUGGUCCUCUGGCAGCUGUUGCGGGCAAGGGGGGCAUUGCAGACCACGCGGGACCGGAAUCUCGGCCAUGGCAGGGUGGGGGGCCAGGCCGUGCCGGGUAGCUAUAACGGGUCCCUGGGAGCAUACGCGCCCGUGCACUAUGCUGGGUACGCUGCACAUGGCUCCGUGAAGUCUUUCUCCAUGGGGGCCAUCAACAAGAUGACCAUGCAGGACCUCAACUGGAGAUUGGCUUCCUUCAUGGACGAGGUCCAGGCUUUGGAGGCGGCCAAUGAGACACUGGAGAUGCAGAUCAAUGAGCUGUUGGACAGGAAGAGCCCAAGUGAUCUCAUCAACCUCGACCGAUACCUUGAAACUGUCAACUUGCUACACUCCCAGAUCACAGAGGCUCAGACCGCCGAAGCACAGACCAAGCUACAGUUGGUCAGCCUAGUGCUGGUAGCCAGUGACCUAAGUGCCAGGUUGGAUGCGGAGCAGGGCAUGUGUGCGCAUCUGCAGGCUAACCUGAGAGAUCUGAGGCUGACAGAGCAAAUGUGGGCCAAAACGCUGCCUUGCCUGUCCUGUCUCGCCAGCUCGCUCACACAGGAACUCACCGAGCUGCAGGCCCAACACCCCCAGGAUGUACAAGAUCUCCGUGCCAAGGCGUCAGGGGAAAUUUCAAUACAGCUAUCGUGUGCUGAAUCAACCAAACUCAGCGAACAGCUGGAGAUGUUCAGGGAUGAGUCCCUGAAUACGAUGAUCGACAAGAACCAGACACAAAACAAUUACUGGUUCAACGCUCAAGCCUCCAUGCUGACUCGUAACAAAGAAGAGGCUCCUUCUACAUCCAGUUCAGAGGUCUCCCAGACAGAAAUGAACAAUCUGAAGAUGAACAAGCUCAUGUUAGAGGAAGAGCUGACCAAACUACAGACACAAAAAAUAUUGUUGGAAGGGAGUGACCUAAGCAUAACGGAUGGCUACAGUAUGCAGCUUGCCCAACUACAGCAGAGGGCAGACGGUCUAGCGCUGCAGCUCAGCUCCGUUCGACAGGCGACAAGUGAACAGGCUGAGGAGUACCAGGCUCUGCUCCACAUAAAGAGCGGCCUGGAGAGAGAGAUAGAAGACUACACAACGCUGCUCAACGAUGACAGGACUCUGAGUUCAAGCUUUCAGACUAUGACUAGUGCCGUUCACCUUAACAUACAAACUAGUGGCACAGCCUUCCAAAGUACAGCCAUAGUGGAGCACGAUAGAAGAAUUGGAGCUCAGACCAGGACACUCUGGAAUGGGUCAGAGUUAAAAGCCCAAGAGUCACGUGUUCACGUGCCAACAGCAAUCCACCUAGGCCCCGUGGACCCAACAUCAGAUCUUCAGAUCUCAGUAAGCCCUACUACACAAACGUCUAUCCGUCCAAACCAGGUGAGGUCAGCCGAAGAUGCCCCAAGAAAAUAUUCCACAUCUGUGACAUCCAUCGGUACCAGUGGUUUGCUUGACCGGUCAUUGACAUCUUCUGAAAACAAAAUCCAGAGCAUCACCAAAGAAAUCCUAGGCACUUGCACUGGGAGCCAAGAAGGUGAAUCCAAGAUAGCGAGUUUAGAGGUGAAAGAACAGAGCAUAUUAUUGGAAAGUCAAGUCCCAAGUCUACAAACUCCUACUGAAAACACUGUCAUCGUUGAACCAAGAGGGGUCCAGGAAUUCACUGGGACUACUCUUGACCGACAAAUGACCAAACAAGUGACCAAUACCGUAACAGAGAUUGUCAUCAAAAACAAGAAUAUACAGCACACCAUUACUAAGGUGCCAAAACCAGAAUCACAUAUCAACUCAGAUUGCCUCACCCCAACAAUCCCAGUCAUAGAGAGACUACUAGAGAAAGAACAUGACAUUUCACCCGAUCUAAGCAUUACCAGUUGUGACAUGCAGAUAAGUGAAAGAAGCAGCAGCCAGUCCAAUGUUUGCCAGAUUGAUUCCGUAGUGCUCCAGGCUGCAAUUACAACAGGGACAGCAAAUACAGAUAUUGUAGGGGAGACAACAGUGGUGGAUAUAAACAUGUCUGAAGCUAAGAGAGUUACAUCAAUAGAGAGACCCACUGAAGAAGAGAUCCAUGUUGGCACCGUACAGGGGAACACACUAGAUAUCAGUCAGAAAAGUAAAUCUGUGGAAAUCACGGCAGUUGGCAAUCAUUUAGAGAAGACUAUCCAAGAGAACACAGAUGGUGAUGCAUUGGGAAAAGCACAGGCUAGUUUGGAUGAGGCUCUUGUUAGCAAAGAAGUGGAUGUCAGGGUUCGGCUGGAGAGUAAAACAUAUUCCACUGAGGAUACAUCAGAUCAGAUCCCAGGUACUGUUGUUAAACUCCAGGCUUCAACAGUUACCAAAGUAGAGGAUGAUAGGUCUCAUGUCGGAGGCAAUGCAGAAGGCGUACAUCUGCACAGCAGUGUAGAAAGUAAGGCUGAUGACAGUUUUGCGCCCUUGUUAGCCAGUGCUGUGAGGAUCAAGGAGGAGGCUGAGGAUGUUGAACAGAGUGCAAUAACAAGCCAUGGUUCCUCUGAUGAUAUUGCUUCCAUCAAUCACACGCCUUUAUCUGAGAACAACCCAAUACCAGCAGUCAUUGAUGAAUGCCCCAUAAUUGAGAACAGAGAGGGAGCUGUCGAGUUGGACAAUGAAGUGCCCCAGGUCCAGAUCAUUGAAUUUGUUGAAAAAACUCAUCAUGUCAAAGAGAUUGAAAAGGGUCUUUCUACACACUGUGCUCUCGUGGAGUUGAAAAUGGAUGAACCAGAACAGGAAGAGGGGAAGGAGAUAGAGAAAGUGGACACGACGCUGCAUGCAAUAGACAAUAGCCUUCGUUCAGACCAGCCAAAAACGAUACAACAAGGCGAUCAGGUUCAUACAAUUGUCAAUGUGGUUUGUCCUAACUUAGACAGUGAGACUGCUGUGGUUGUAGAAGUCAACCCAACACACCAAAAAAAGGUAGCGCUUCUAAUAGAAACAGACACUGGCAUGUCUUCAGUGGUUAGCUGUGAAGAGGGGACCAAAGUUAAUUUGAGCCAAACACACCCAGACCUAAGCUUGAGUCCUAAAGAUACAGAGUUGUGUUUGAGUCUAAACAAAACCGUAGUGUGUUCUAGCACAACAACCCCAGGGGUAUCUGAAGGGAAAUUCGUGACUGCAAGGGAUUCUGAUUCCCUUUUGAGUCGGAUUGAUCCACACACUACUUUAAGCCAGAAGGAAUCAGGCCCUGUCGAAACUAAUGAUGCUGAGAUCAUUGACCAAAAUGAAUUGGACACUUGUUUCAGUCUGGUUGAUUGUGACGUCAUGACUCAAAAUGAGUUUGAGAUUUGUUUCAGUCCUAUUGAUACUGGCGACAUGACUCAAAAUGAAUUGGAAAUGUGCCUCAGUCCCGUUAAUCAAGAUAAUCUCAAUAAAAAUGAACUAGAAGCUUGCAUGAGUCCUGUUGAUAAUAGCGACAUUAUGAGCCCAAAUCAAUAUGAAACUUGUUUCAGCCCUGUUGAUAAUAACGACAUUCUGAGCCAAAAUGAGUUGGAAGGUUGUUUCAGCCACGAUGAUAAUGACAUCCUGAGCCCAAAUGAAUCCGAAACUUGUUUCAGCCCAGUUGAUAAUGACAUUCUGAACCCUAAUAGGUCGGAAGCUUGUUUGAGCCCUGAUGCCAACGAGACUGGUUACAUUAAUCGUGAAGAAUGCUUCAGUCCAUCAGAUGAUGUGUGCAUGAGUCCAACAGAGGAAAGAAUUUCCAAUCCGGUUAAGAGAUAUUUGCUAACCACAAAAAAAGAUAAUCAAUCUUUGCCAUUUUCUGGAAAGCUGAGUUUGAAGGAAAAGGACAAGGCCUCCACUGCUAGUGAGCCCCCGAAAAAAGGGAACCGUUUUAGAAAAGUGCUAAGCUCUGGAUUUAAGUUUCUUUCUAAAAUGGAUGCAGGAAGCAGGGAAGAGGCAAAUAAUCGUGAAAGAAGCUACAGAAAUAGAAGCAUCGGAGGGAUUGGAAAAGAUGCUUCAAGUCCAGUAGGUAGUCCACCAGAUAAUAGGUCCAGGAAACUCAGCCUUGGAGACAAAGAAGACACCAGAUUUCACAGUAUCACCCGGAGCUCCAGUUCAAAUAAGAGUUUGGAUGGGCAGAACGAUUCAACCAGAAUGGCCUCUGGUAGCAGUUUAACAAACGAAAGAUCUCAUUGCUUCAGGAGCGUCCCCACCAGAGGAGCUAGCUUUAGUUCUUCGAGUAGCAAUACAGAGGCUGCUGUCAAAAACAACAGUCCUGGAGGACGAAUCUUUAGCGGGGGAAGCGGUGAGUGGAAGCUGUAUGGAGGAAGCGUGGGCCGCACGAGCAAUGCCGGCAGCGCAUCCGGCAGCAGCGUAGGUAGCGGCGGGAGACUAGCUAGGUCAGGGAGCGGGGACAGAAUUAGCAACGCGACAAGUAGCAAAGUCAUUAGUAGUUCAAGGAGAUAUGGCAGCGUGGGCAGCAGUGAGUCGAAGCCUGUGUACAGCAGCGCUAGCGGGCGCAUCAGCGGCGUGGUGCGGCAGAGCGGUGUACCCGGGGGCACCAGGGCUCCAAGCCCCGGUGCCGCGCGGAAGCUGAGCUCCUCGACCGGAGGCAGCGGAGGGAGACUCAGCUCAGCGUUUGGCGGGAGCAGGAUGAGCAGCGGUAGUGCGGGGAAGCACUGUCAAUCGGGCAGCAACGAUAGGCUCAGCGGUGGGCAGGUCCUGAGAGUCAGCAGCACGGCGGGCCAGGUGAGGACCAAUAGCACGGGAGGAAGGGUGAUCAGCAGCAGCGACCGGCCAGUCUCCAGCGUGGGUAGCGGUAUUGGCGCCAACAAGGAGCGCAUCAGCGUGUGCAAGAGGGCCGCACUGUCCAUCUCAGCGGCCGGGAGGGAGAGGAGCCAAGAGAAACACAGGUCCACCCAGCGAAUGGCUUCGGCCAAGAGUAUUCAGCAUUGGGUCACAACGGGGGUUGGGGGAACAGAGGGUAUGGACGACCAGGACGACAUCCUUAACCUCUGAUUGGGUAGAAGUGGGACAAACUGGGUACUCAAUCGAUUUUUGCUCAUUGACAUUGAGUCAAAAAAGAUUAGCAUUGGCUUUGAUGACCAUACUUCCAUCAUUUUCUUUUGCCAAAUAAUGAUGAUAAUUGCAAUCCAAAUGGGGAAAAAAAGGAAACCAAUCCAUGAGUGUUGCAUGGACAGCUUUAUAUUUUAUCACUGUUUUAUUGGUAAUACGUUACGAUAAGAGUUCAUUAAUUAACCAUUAAUAAACAUCAGUUAAUGCAGUAAUAAACAUUGUUUUGAAGUUUUAGCAUAAGGGUUAGGUUUAGGGUAAGGAAAAGGGUUAGGGUAAGUGGGUAUUGGUUAACCCUAACGUAUUAAAAAUGUAAUGCACGUACCCAAGCUAAUAUGAACACCAUUAAUAAACUUGAACACCAUUUGUAAAGGAUACAUAGACAUGUUGAUUUCCUGUUGGUUAAUGAUUAUUACUGCAUUAACCAAUGUUAAUUCAUGUACCUUCAUUGCAAGGUGUUACUGUUUUAUUGAGGUGUUGUAAAUGUUGGCUAAUAUUUAACAAAUUCAUUUCACUAAAUGAUUGUUUAUGUUUCAUGAUUAUCAAUAUUUUGUGUUUUGAUAUGUUUCAAUUAUAUCACAGCUACCAACAAAAUAAAAUUGAUUAUCAAAAUAUAGUCAUACAUUUUGUUUGCUUCUAACACCACAAAUUUGACAUGCAUUUACAAAAAAAAGUAAAUACUUUAUCGUGUUCAUUCAUUCAAUUUUCCGUAACUUAUGACGGCAAAUUCUUUUGCAAUCUCUCGGAAAGGUAUGAACCCUUUGGUUUAGGAGGUUGCCGUCGUCAGCAAAUUAAAUUUAACUUGGGGACAAAAAGCAACA